AUGGAAGAUGCUGUAAGAGUAAGGUUACGCAGGCGGGAAGAAGAUGAGGAUUCGCGGCAGCAACGCAAUGCUGCUUCAGCGCAACGGGAGCGUAGACGUAGAGAUCGCGAAACAGUAGCUGAAGGUCAUCAGAGACGUACAACUGAAGCUGAAAGAUAUCGCGCGCGUGCCAGAAACAUGGCAUAUGAAACGCGAGGUGUUGCCAGGACGAAUGUACAGCCGGAAGAAUAUUACGAUGGACCGAUGAACGUAACAUGUGAAAGUUGCGGGGCAAAACACUUCAAAUCGGAAUGCAAGGGUAAAAGGACCUUCAAUGACUGUUGCAAUCAUGGCAACAUCAGUUUGCGACACUUCAGUGACUAUCCUGCUGAACUUCAUGCGCUGCUCACAAGUCAGGAAAGCGAAGCGAAGGAAUUCCGCGAACAUAUCCGUAGUUACAACAGUGCCUUUGCUUUCGCCUCUAUGGGGGCUCAAUUGGAUACGCCACGUGGACAUGGUCCUUACUGUUUUCGCAUCCAUGGCCAAAUAUACCACAGAAUAGGACCAGCACGUCCGGAGAAUGGUCAACCCCACCGUUAUGGGCAAGUCUACAUUCUCGAUACCGCGAUGGCAGCCGAGGAACGGAUGGGGAAUCCAGCAAAUACCAAUUGUAACCCUCAGAUUAUUCGUUCUCUAAGUGAACUGUUGCAUCGGAUAAAUGCGUUUGCACAUGCAUACAAAAUGCUAAACGAGGUGGCGAUGGAGGAGGAGGUGCUCGCUUUAAGAGAAGGACGAUCUGCGAAACCAGUGCGAAUGGUGUUCGAAACUCCCGCGGCUGUUGAUCGGCGUGUUUACAAUGCACCUACAGCUAACGAGGUUGCUGUUGUGUAUGUUGGAGGUGAUGGAGAUGUUCCAGCGGAGCAUAGUCUCGCUGUGCACCUACAUUCUGGAGGAUUGCGGAACGUCAGAGUAUAUGAUCGUGAGUGUGAUCCACUAACUUAUCCACUUUUCUUCCCGCGUGGAGAAUAUGGAUGGCAUCCGAAUAUGCAUAAGAACCCCUCUGAGAGGAGACGAACAAGAAUUUCUCAGAAAGAAUACUACUCUCACAUGAUCGCCGUUCGAGACUACUUCAAUCCUCUACAUUAUUCUGGAAAGCUUUACCAACAGUUUUUGGUAGACAGCUAUGUGAAGAUUGAACAAAAUCGACUCAACUACGACCGUACCCACCAAGUGGAACUCAGAGUGGAUAGCUACCGCGGUCUGUGCGAUUUUGUAAAUGGAGAUAACGACAUCGGAGGACCCCCAGGUGCUAGGAGAGUAAUACUACCUUCCUCUUUUCCUGGAUCUCCACGAGCAAUGGCUCAGAACUAUCAGGAUGCCAUGGCGAUCGUCUCGAAAUAUGGUAAACCAGACCUCUUCAUAACGUUCACGUGUAAUCCUGCAUGGAGAGAGGUCGCUGAGCAGCUGAAACCUGGGCAGACGCCUUCCGAUAGGCCAGACAUCGUUGCUCGCGUUUUCAACAUCAAAUUGCAAGAGCUUUUCACGGACCUCUUCAAGCGGCAGAUAUUUGGAGUUGUGAAAGCGUAUAUUUCGGUUAUGGAAUGGCAGAAACGCGGGUUGCCUCAUUGCCACAUGCUCAUUACAUUGUCAGAGGAGGACAAGCCAAGAAGUAUUACUGACAUUGACUCCAUUGUACAAGCCGUCAUCCCUGACCGAGAGACAGAGCCUCGCCUUCAUGGCAUUGUGACAUCCUGCAUGAUGCACAGACCAUGUGGAGUUGACAACCCGCAUUCGCCAUGUAUGGUUGACGGGAAAUGCUCGAAAAGGUUCCCAAAGCAAUUCCGAGAUGUAACAACUACAGAACAUGAUGGUUACCCGGAAUAUAGCCGACCUAACGACGGCAGAACUGUGGUUUCUGGAGGCAAAGUACUAGAUAACAGAUCCGUAGUGCCGUACAACAAGUAUUUGGCACUUCGUUACAAUGGCCAUUUGAAUGUGGAAAUCUGUGGUAUGGUUCAAGCGGUUAAGUACAUGUACAAAUACGUAUACAAAGGGCCAGACCGAGCGGCACUGCACAUGCUGAGGAGCACCGACGAGCGAGACAACAGCGUGAUCAAUGAGAUCGAUGAGUUUGUCAAUGCUAGAUACGUAUGUGCCCCAGAGGCUGUACACAGACUACUUGGAUUUGACCUUCAAACGAAAUCGGAUACAGUCUGCAGAUUGCAGGUUCACCUGCCGGAUUAUCAAAUUGUGAAUUUCCAAGGAGGUCAAGAAGAAGAAGCAAUCCGUCGGGAAGCUGAAAGAGACACUACACUAACCGCCUUUUUCAAGCUGAACCAGGAACAUGAGCUCCUCUACGGGAAUGGAGAAGUGCCUGAGAGAGAAAAGGAUGCUAGAUUGCUGUUGUACACACAGAUACCAGAGUUCUUCUCUUUUGACCAACGAACGAGGAAGUGGAAGAUGAGAAGGAGGCAGAAUCGUCAAAUUGGAAGAAUGUACACUGCGAAUCCGUUAGACGUCGAGCGCUACAGCCUGAGAAUCCUUCUCCUGAAUAGAAGAGGACCAAAGUCGUUCAACGAUUUGAAGACUGUAGAUGGAGUAGUCCACAACACGUUCAAGGAAGCAGCUAAAGCGCUCGGGCUGAUGAAUGACGAUUCUCAUUACGAAAACUGCUUAAGUGAAGCAUCCGAGUUCCACAUGCCGGUCCAACUUAGGUCCCUGUUCAGUAGUCUCCUCUGUUUCUGUACCGUCAUUGAGCCUGCGCAGCUGUGGAAUAAGUUUAAACGUGCAAUGGCAGAAGAUUACAUUCAUAGAGGAGUUGACCCUGUAGAAGCCAUUAUUCGUGCAUACUUUGACAUCAUGGAUAGGAUGGCCAUUUUCGGUGCUGAUCUCAGGAGCUUGAUCACCCCGCCUUCUGAGAGUAGACCAGCGCCUCUCAACGAGGACGAGCUCACAGAAGCUGAACAUGUUGCUUAUGGAGAACAGUUAAUCGAGCAACUGAACGAGCAUCAAAGGGCAGCUGCGAAUAACAUUUUGCUAACUGUGAACAACGCAGACGGCCGACACUUUUUUAUAGACGGUCCUGGAGGCAGUGGAAAAACUUUUCUCUACACUGCGCUGUAUCACACAUUGCUUGGCAUGAGAAAAAAUGUAAUCUGCGUGGCAUGGACGGGAAUAGCUGCUAACCUACUUCCCAACGGAAGAACGGCUAGCAGUACUUUCAAGCUCAACAUCCACGAUAAUAACAGAACGUGCUCGAUGAAAAGAGAAUCAAGGGAGGCUAGAGCUCUUCGUAACGUGUCGGUAAUAUUUUGGGACGAGAUAUCCAUGGUUCCGAAAUGGACCCUCGAGGCCGUGGACCUUCUCCUCAAAGAUAUAAUGCAGAACGAGAUCCCGUUCGGAGGCAAACUUAUGGUCAUAGGAGGAGACUUCCGGCAAGUCCUCCCAGUUGUGGAGAGAGGACAACAAGAAGAUUUAGUAGACGCCUGCAUUAAGAGUUCUGAUUUGUGGUCAUAUUUCGUUACGCUUCAUCUCACAAACAACAUGAGAGUUUCUCCGGAUAGUACGGAGUGGGCAAACAUUCUUCUGCAGAUCGGCAAUGGAACAUUCCCAGAAGAUCAGAAUGGUCUCAUCGAGCUACCGGCUUCAAUUCAAAGUGAAGGGGACCUCAUCACUGAGAUUUUCGGUGAGAAAAUCGAGGCGAACGACAUUGAAAAUCUUGCAGAAAAAGCAAUUCUCGCGCCCAAAAAUAUUCAUGUUUCUCAUAUGAAUGAAUUGGCACUCCAACGGAUGUCUGAGGAAUUCGAAAUGAAGGUGUAUAAAAGUGUAGAUGAAGCGGAGUAUUCGGAUUUAGAGGACGGCCUGAACUACCAAGUUGAGUUUCUCAACCAGCUGAAUCCCAGUGGAAUGCCGCCUCAUGAACUCAAGCUCAAACGAGGAUGCAUAGUAAUGCUACUACGAAUCUUGAUAUUUCAAAGGUCUUUGUAA